CCCAACGGCUCCGGCCUAGUGAUCCUCUCCUCCGGCCUCUCCCUCCCCAAACUUAUCGCCUCCCUUCUCCUCCUCCACACUCCUUCCCAAGGCACCCUCCUCAUCGUCGAUCUCCUCACCAAAUUUAAACUCUUCUAUUCUUCUCUUUCGUCGUUGACCUGAUUGUCGUUCUCCUGAGAUUGCUACCCACCUCGAGAACAGCGAAAAUCUCUGAUCAGGUUCAAGAACAUCACACGCUCUUGUUCACUAAUAUUUUUCUAAUAUUGACAACUGCUUGGCCCGAAGAUGGACAACAUUGUGGAUUCUCUAAACAAUGCAUACCAAGAGUUUGUUGUUGCAGCAGCUAAUGUGCUCGAAGCCAAGGAAACUUCUGGGGGCCAAAAAACAACCGCCACAGACACUGCUCUAGAGAGCUUUAAGCAGAAGUGGGAACUUUUCAGAGUGACUUGUGAUCAAGCAGAGGAGUUUGUGGAGUCUGUGAAGCAAAGGAUUGGCUCAGAGUGUCUGGUGGAUGAGGCAACCGGCCCUGUGGUAGGGAAGUCUGGGCAGACUACCACAACUGGUCUCCCACCCAUCAGUGCAGUUCGAUUGGAACAGAUGAGUAAAGCUGUUCGAUGGCUUGUGAUAGAACUUCAACAUGGUUCUGGUACAGCCUCUGGUUCAGCACAUUCUCAUCAAUCAGCUCCUUUUGAUGCUAGAUUCUCUGAAGAUUCAGCUCCAUAGAUAUCAAAUUUGGAACAUCAGGUGAAUAAGAUGGGUUAUGUAAGCAAUCUGAGGAAUGUUAAACAUGUUGUCUGCAGUUCAAAGACCAACAUUCUGCUGUGUGUGGGUGAUAUGGGAUGGACUGAAUUCAGUCGUAUUAGGUUCCAUAUUAUUUGUUUCCGCUUCAGCAGUUGUGCUUUUGUGGGAGACAGUGUGCAACUCAUCUGUGGUUCUUUUAUUACUAUCGCUGCCUAUAGUAUUGUUGCCUAAUGUACACCUACAUCCUACAAUAGACUAAUUUUGGGAGACUUAAUUCGUAACAGCUAAUCAAGAGCCAGGAGCAGUGCUUUUGUCAAAGUCAUGUAGUUACUGCUGUUUCUUUGUAAUUGUAGGAAGGAUGCUAAUUAGGUUCAUCUUUAAAAAAAUGCA